AUGUUCCUCAAACAAUACAACUACAAGCCCCGCAGCAACAGCCAAUCGUCCCAAGGGUCUGGGUCUGCGUCUGGAAGCCCGCCGAAAGAAGAGCCCAAGACGACGACGGAAGCCACGGGCGCUGCAGGCAACGCUGCCGCCGCUGCUGCUGGACGAAGAAGGUCCUCCGCCUCGGACAAAUACGCGGGCUUGACGGCCAUGAAGCGAGGGAGCCAGGAUGAGCGCAAGGCCAGCUGGACCGAACAGAAGGCCGGGACGGGGAUCUUGGGGGGCAUGUGGAACCAAUUCACCAGGGGGUCGAGCUGA